AUGAUUAAUAAUUCAUCUAAAGUUAGAGAGAAUGGUGAAUCUUAUGAUGUAGACCUCGUAGUCAAUUUGACUGUUAAAAUACGAUUUUUCAGAGAAUGGAUCAACUUUAUUUUCGUCAUUUAUGUCGGUGACUAUGGUUAG